CGUACAGCCACCAGGAAGUUGUUCACGUUCAUUCAUUCUGCAAUUUUAUGAAUGUUAACCUAAGUGCCUCUACGCUUCAAGCAUCCCAUCAUGCGCAGACGCCCGGAUACUCAGACGACAAACAAGGAUCAUGUUAAUAGUGACAAAAAGAAUAACGAAGAGCGACCCCCACCCAAUAGUCCAGAUGAGGUCAAAGCCAGAGUCUCCUGUGGUUCAUUGAUAAUCAACAUUGGGAAAUGUCUCCUUUUAAUCAUUGUUGUUCCUCCAUUCCUCAACUAUGCAUCACUUCAGAGAGAGGGCCAGAUGCUCCUCCCAAAAGAUGGACAAAUUGUUGAUGUCGGUUUGGGUCAGAAGAUGCAACUUUUGUGCAAAGGAGAUGGGAAACCAGUUGUAAUAUUAGAUGCCCCAACUGGGAUGUCUUCAGAUGUCUGGUUUCAUAUUCAAGAAGAUCUCUCCUCACUUACUAAGGUUUGUACGUAUGACAGGAUGGGUCUGGGCUUCAGCAAACGUCAGAUGCAGAAUGAAACCACAGGAACAGAAAGAACCUGGGGAGUGUCCACUACAGGACGGAUGGUGGAUGAUCUUUACAGACUCCUUCAGGCAACCGAAAUAACCAAACCCUUCAUCCUGGUGGGAUCAGAGCUGGGGGCCCUCAAUGCAAGGUUCUACAGCCACAUUCAUGAUGUGCAAGUGUCCCACCUGGUCAUGAUUGAUCCCAUCCCAGAGGACAUCUUUGAGGACGACCUGUGGAAAGAAUAUUGGUAUGGGAAGCUGGUGCCAUCACUCCAAGCCAAGCAGUUCUGCGCAGCCACGGGCCUGAGCCGCAUGUUGAUCAUCCUGGGGGCUUUGGAACCAACUGUGAGAGGCCAGAAUGUGUCCGAGGAGGUCAUUCAGCGGCAGAAAUACCUGUUGUGUAAUCCUGCCCAUCAGAGCAGUGCUGUGGAUGAGCAUUACUUUCUGAAUGAAAGCGCAGCUCAAGUACAAGACAUUUCACAGUUUAAGCCCCUCUCCAGCAGGACAUCUGUGACUGUGAUCACUGGAGAUCACUUUGACCAAGAAAUACCAGAACAGCUCAACCAGAUGGUGGCUAAGCUUCAAAAGAAGUUUCUGGAGGUUUCAUACCCAUCAGCCAAUCACAUUCACAUAAAAGGAGCUGACCGGCGAAUGAUCUACAAGGAGCCAUCUGCCAUCAGCCAACACCUGAGGAAGCUAGUCAACCAGAGACAAGCCAACCACUUCAGUGCAUAGAUUCUGCCAAAACGUCAAUGUAAUAUCUGAUAAAUAUCG